AUGUCUUCCGAAGCUAUAGUUGAGCCCCCCAAAAACACUAUUGCGGGGGGUGAUUUGGAAAUAUCGGAAGCGAGUUGCUGCCAACCGAUAGCAAUUAUAGGAAUUGGCUUCAGGGGACCAGCCGAGGCCAAAAACGUUGGAAAGUUAUGGGACAUGCUUCUCGCUGGACAGGAGGCAUGGAGUCCAAUUCCAGCUGCGAGAUGGAAUAGCGCAGCAUUUCAUCACCCAGACCACGCCCGCCAUGGAACAAUAAACGUGGAAGGUGGUCACUUCCUCGAGGAGGAUGCAUCUCUGUUUGAUGCGCCGUUUUUUAAUAUGACAAGCGACGAGGCAGCGGCCAUGGAUCCCCAACAAAGAUUGCUCUUGGAGGUGGCAUACGAAGGUCUUGAAAAUGCUGGCAUAUCUUUGACCCAGAUUAUGGGCACGAAGACAUCCUGUUUUGUAGGGUCUUUCUCUGCGGACUAUACUGACCUCCUGCUUCGGGAUCCCGAGUGCCUCCCCAUGUAUCAGUGCACGAAUGCCGGGCAGUCCCGCGCGAUGGUGGCAAAUAGGUUGUCAUAUUUCUUUGACUUGAAAGGUCCGAGUGUCACAGUAGACACAGCUUGCUCAGGAAGCCUUGUUGCGCUUCAUCUGGCAUGCCAAAGCCUCCAGACCGGUGACGCAUCAACAGCGAUUGCAGCUGGAGUCAACCUGAUCUUGAGCCAUGAAUUCAUGUCGACUAUGAGUAUGAUGAAAUUUCUUUCACCGGACGGGAGAUGCCAUACCUUCGAUGAAAAGGCGGACGGGUACGCGCGGGGUGAAGCAGCUGGCUGUCUCAUCCUUAAACCCUUGGCUAAAGCGUUACAAGACCACAACACGAUUCGGGCCGUGAUACGAUCUACGGGCUCUAAUCAGGAUGGACGCACUGCAGGGAUAACGCUACCGAAUGGGGCAGCUCAAGAAAGCUUGAUUCGGAAUGUCUAUGCACGGGCUGAUCUAGACCCAUUGGAAACCGAUUUUGUAGAGGCUCACGGCACAGGUACACUUGCCGGGGACCCAAUCGAGGCAGAGGCAAUUGCUCGAGUCUUUGGAGCUGGUCGACCGCCUGAAAAUCCCGUGCGAAUUGGAUCUAUCAAAACCAACGUCGGUCACCUAGAAGGCGCAAGCGGAGUAGCGGGUGUCAUCAAGGCAGUGCUGAUGUUGGAAAACCGCAUGUUCCUACCAAACCGAAACUUCGAGAGGAUCAAUUCUCGUAUUCUGCUCGAGGAUUGGAAGCUUAAGAUUCAAUUGGAUCCUGAACCAUGGGAGACCACUGGACCCCAUCGCGUCUCUGUGAAUAGUUUCGGGUACGGUGGAAGCAAUGCCCAUGUCAUUGUCGAAGAAGCAAGGGGAUAUCUAUCCGGUUGGGGAAUUAAGAGUGAUGACGGGGUCCCGCCAAUCCCACCGAAAGGCCAGGAUGAUGAUGAAAUAGCUACCAGCCCACCCUUUCGCAUAUUCAUGAUCUCUGGGUUCGAUGAAAGAACCUGUGGGCAAUAUAUGCACGCUUUGGGCAAGUACAUUCUUGACAGAGGAUCCGAGGUUGAUUACGAGGAAUUUCUGGACGAUCUUGCUUUCACAGUCAACGAGCGGCGCUCUGUCUUCCCGUGGAAAGCGACGGUCGUAGGAAAUACAAUGGCCGGACUGGCAGCCACUCUUUCUCAGAAUAUCAAAGCCAGAAGCGCGGCGCGGAAUCCAAAGCUUGGGUUUGUCUUUACUGGGCAAGGUGCACAGUGGUCUGGGAUGGGAAAGGAACUGAUUGAGGCAUAUCCUGUCUUCAAAAAGUCCGUUGCGGAGAUUGACAGAUAUCUGAAAGAAUUUGGAGCGUCUUUUACAGUACAAGAGGAGAUCACGAAGCCUCCACACGACUCCGAUUUGAACCACCCAAGUCUCAGCCAGACAAUAUGCACAGCGCUGCAAAUUGCAGUAGUCGACCUGUUGAAUUCGUGGGGUAUAUUUCCAGACUCUGUCACAGGUCAUUCAAGCGGGGAAAUUGCCGCAGCCUACGCUACUGGUGCACUCGGCGUGAAAGAUGCAAUGUCUGUGGCAUACUACCGAGGUGUUGUGGCAAGCCAGAUUUUGACUGAUAACUUAUGUAAAGGUGCCAUGAUGGCAGUUGGGAUGUCUGCUGAAGAGAUACAGCCGUAUCUGGACCAAUUCCCACCCAGACAGCUGGUGGUAGCGUGUGUCAACAGUCCAUCGAGUGUCACGAUAUCGGGUGAUGUGUCUGCGAUUGAUGCACUGCUACAGACAUUGAAAGACCACUCGGUUUUUAGUCGACGUCUUGAAGUUGGUGUCGCCUAUCAUUCGCCUCAUAUGGAACAGGUUGCCGGGCAAUACCAUAAAUUGAUCAACCAAAUUCAGCCCCGAAAGCCAGUCCAGAUACCCGAAAACAAGAGAUUGCGCUCUAUGGGAUCAUUCUUCUCUUCAGUCACCGCAAAGAGCGUCCCUUUGGAUGAAUUGGAUGCUCAAUAUUGGGUGUCGAAUUUGGUAGGCCAGGUAAAAUUUGCCGAAUCAUUGAGGAGGCUGUGCUUUGAAACAAAUAGUCACCGUCCUGGUCCUACAGGAUCAACCAGAACAAGGAGGACUAAGACUGCUCAGAAGCCAUCGGUGGAUUGCCUCAUCGAAAUUGGCCCCCAUUCGGCGCUUGCUGGGCCAAUCAAGCAAAUCCUCCAGGCUGACGCGAAACUCAGAUCCGCCGAUAUAGCCUAUGUCAGUAUUCUGAAGCGAAAAUCCAAUGCAGUUACCACAGCCUUGGAUGCAGUGGCUACAUUGACAUCGAUCAACUACUCAAUCGAUUUUAGCGCAGUAAACAGGCCUAAGGGGACAAAAGGCGCCCACACACCACAUCUACUUGUUGAUCUCCCGACAUACCCCUGGAAUCAUACAAGAUCAUACUGGGCAGAGCCACGACUGAGCAAGAUGUAUCGAAACCGAAGCUCCCCGCGGAUCGACAUACUUGGUGCACUAGAAAACAUGGCUUGUCCCUUCGAGCCUCGCUGGAGGAAUUAUCUUCGAACCUCAGAGCUUCCGUGGCUCCUCGAUCAUAGGAUACAGGGAAGCAUUGUUUUUCCUGCCGCUGGAUUUCUGGUUAUAGCAAUCGAAGCACUGAUUCAGCUGGCUCAAAACGAAGAAAAUAUUGUUAAAUAUGUCUUGCAGGAUGUCACGAUACACUCUGCCUUGGUGCUCAAUGAAACGUCUGCCGUCGAGCUUAUGGUCUCUCUUCGAAGAUCGACCCGGCAUCAAAAAGAAUUGUACGAAUUCCAUAUAUACUCCAUUUCAGAGGAGAAUAGGUGGACCGAAAAUUGCACUGGUUUGGCCCGAAUCCAGAAAGGUAUUGGUGUUUCAAGCGAUGGCUUCGAGGAUACUGAUCAUUAUGCGAUGGUCCCUCUGAAAACCGAAGUCCACGGAACAUCAGUCAUCGAUGUUCGUCAGUUUUAUGACAAGCUUCAAAGCUUUGGGUUGGAUUAUGGGCCGUGCUUUGCGAACAUAACAAAAGCACGUGUCACACAAGAUGGAGCGUGCUUUGCAGAGAUCACUAUACCGGACACAAUAUCUACGAUGCCUGCAUCAUUCCAGCAUGAUACUUUGAUACACCCAUGCAUGCUAGACAGUAUUUUUCAUACCAUUUUUGCCGCUCUACCCCUGGGGUUGGGAGUUGAAAAAGGUCCCGCCAUACCUGUUUAUAUCGAAGAGAUGAGCGUAUCAUCCGGUCUUGCUUACGCGCCGGGAGAUAUUAUGAGAAUUUGUACUCAGUUGCGUCCGACGGUCAAAAGGGAUGUCACAGCAUGCAUAGUUGUGGUGAAUUACAACAACGAACAAUUUGAAGCUGAGCCAAGUAUAUCAGUCCGUGGCCUGCGAUGUGCGCGGCUCGAGCAUCAUGAAAUGACAUCAAAUACCAAAGAUAGCCGCGCGAUUUAUUAUAUUGACUGGGAACCCGACCCAGGCUUUAUCUCCAGCAAUACUGCGUCACUCUUAUUCGACAAGAGGAAUGGUCUUCAGCAAAAGCUUGUGCCUCGAACGGGCUACGAGGAAAGUGCAGCCGAUUUUAUCAGAGCUGCACUGUGUGAAAUUAACGCAACUGAAGCGCGGAAGCUUGACGAUUCUCACUGCAGAUUCCACCGUUAUCUGUCAGAGGCCCUGGAAAGACAUGAUAAUACACGAUCAACAUCGGUUUCGCACUCACAAAAUCUCGAUCCCAUUCCGGUGGGAGGACUCACGCAUGCCAUCGGACAAAAUCUUGUGGCUAUCAUUCGAGACCAGGUUGAUUUUUCCUCCGUUAUAAAAGACGACAUCCUGCUGGAUGAGUUCUGGGAUAUCUUCUCCACAGACGCGUCAUACCAAGCGGCAGCAAGAUAUAUCAACUUGAUUGGUCACAAGAAGCCCGAUAUGUCCAUUCUUGAGUUUGGUGUUGGAACAGGCCAAAUAACCGAGAUAUUUCUGAAACAUCUUGUGUCGCCCAACAAAACGCCUCGGUGCGGAAAUUAUACCUUUGUCCACCAAAGCGCUUCGGUGCUUGAGCAUACCUCGAAGCGGCUAGAAGCGUGGUCGGAAUGGGUCGAAUGCAAGCCCCUAGAUCUUGGCAAUGAUUUCACCCAACAAGGAUUUGAACCCAAUUCCUUUGACGUCGUAAUAUUGCCUCAUGGAUUAGGGACUGCCCGCUAUGACCACAAUGCACUCGAAAAGAUACAUGAUCUGCUGAGGACAUCCGGUUGUUUAGUUGCAAUCAAUCCUUUCGACCCAAAAAAGAAUGUACUGGAAAGUCUCUUGUUUAGUGCGUUCCAAUGUUUAUCGACCGACCAAUUCUGUUUAGGUCAAGAUGGAUGGACGGAGAUUGAAUGGGACAAAAUACUGAGAGACUCUCAAUUCACCGAGGUUAGUACGUUUGCCGAGCGAGGGCUUGAGAAGAGCAAUCAAUUCACAGUGGCUAAAUGCUGGAAUGCCGAAACGUUGACCAGGAAAGUCUCCAUAAUCUGCGAAGACGAAAGCGGGAUUGUGAGACAUCUUCUUGCUGAACUUGAGAAGACUCCAUGUGAGACGAACCUAGCACGAAUCGAUGAUAUAGAGUGCCAAGAUCGAAUUUGCCUGGUUUUGGAUACUUCACGGAGAUCUCUGCUGGCUGCCCCCGAUGAAAUGACCUUCAACAAUAUAAAAGAGAUGUUUACGCAUAGCGGAGGAGUUCUCUGGGUGACCCGAGGAGGAAUGAUUGAGUCCGUCAACCCAAAUGCAGGCUUAGCUGUUGGAUUUGCAAGAACAGCGCGUGCUGAAUCGGGUGUCAACCCGAUUGUCAAUUUUGAUCUCGAUGCUCAAAAUGUUCUUCCAGACUCUGAAGCCGCAGAAAUGAUUGCAAGUUUCCUGAUAACUCGAUUUCUCCGUGCGACUCCGGAUGAAGACACGGAAUUUGUCGAGAGGAACGGAAAAAUCCUUAUUCCACGAGUUCUUGAAGAUUGGGCGAUGAACCAGAAGAUGGACAGCAUUAACGAUAUCGAGGCUGCGUCCGAGCAGCCAUUUCAUCAGCCUACGCAACCUCUCCGUCUUUCGAGCAAAUUUGAUACCCACGGUUUUGUUGGCGACUCCCAAAUAUCAGCACUUCCAACCGGCUAUAUUGGAAUCACUGUACAAUACUUUGGUCUGAGCGAAUGGGAUAUUCAGCGAGACCCACGUGAUUGGGAAGCCAGUGAUACUCUUGGUCAGGUAUGCAGCGGAGUAGUGUACAAGGUUGGCGCUGGAGUCCACGACUUCGCCAUAGGCGAUCGCGUUGCAUGUCUCGGAGACGGGACUGCUCGAAGUUGCUAUCAUGAUCAUGCGACGGCUUUCCAGAGGAUCGACGACAAAAUGUCCUUGGAAUUCGCCGCUGCCAUCGUUCUAGCAUAUACAAUUGCUUAUUUCGUUGUGAACAAUCUUUCAUUCAUUGAGUCAAACGAUAUGAUUCUCGUCCAUGAUGCAGGGAGUUAUUUUGGACAGGCGAUUGUGGAAGUUUGCUUGCUAAGGGACGCUCGCAUCUUCGCAACAGUGCAGAAUCUCGCCCAAAAGGAGUUGCUGAGCUCGAGAUUUGCGAUACCCAGCGAGCACAUUCUUACACACGGAAAAGAUGAUUUUGUCAGGGGUGUGUCACGGCUCAGUGAUGGUAAGAAAGUGAACGUAGUAGUAGCAUUCGAGUCACCAGAGGACAGCAUUUUCCAGAACUGCAUUGCGCCAUUUGGUCGGUAUAUCCAGCUCCGAACGAAGAAUGUCAAACCACCAAGGUUAUCCUGCACUCAGAAUAUGUCUGUGUCCACAUUCGACAUAUUUGAGCUCCAAAAGGAGAGAAGUGAGCUGGUCACCCAGAUAUGGCCCAAGGUCUUUCAUUUGUUCCUUGAACAACGACUCAAAGGACCCGCCUCUGCCAAUGUUUACAAUGUUGCCCUAAUUCAGGAAGCCAUCGCUGCGAUCCCAACCCAGCAGCAUGUUGUGAUUUCUACAGAUGAUAAGGAUAUGGUCAAGGCCACGCUACCCCGGCACACUCAGCCAUUGUUCCAUGCCGAUGCGUCCUACAUGCUAGUUGGAGGACUAGGUGGUAUUGGAAGAGAAGUCGCCUUAUGGAUGGCCCGGAAUGGAGCUAAAAGCCUCAUUUUCGUCAACAGAAGUGGUCUGUCGAAGGAGCAGUCUCAGUUAACAGUGAGAGAACUUGUGGAAAAAGAUAUACAGGUAAUUGUUCGAGCCUGCAACAUAAGCGAUGAGACUGAAGUGCAGCGAAUGCUCCGUGAUAUCACCCAAUGUGCCCCUCCCAUACGAGGGCUAAUACAGGCAGCCAUGAUUCUGAAGGAUGUUCAUAUAGAACACAUGAAAGUGGACGACUAUCUGCAUGUGAUGGGGCCGAAAUAUCAUGGCACCUGGAAUUUGCACCGGAACCUUCCGGCAGAUCUUGAUUUCUUCCUCCUACUGUCUUCUAUAAGUGGCGUGAUUGGGAACGCCACACAGGCUGCUUAUGCCGCCGGCUGCGCUUUCAUGGAUGCAUUCGCCGGGUAUCGACGCAAUAUUGGUCUACCGGGAGUAUCCUUGGAUCUCGGAACCAUCACAGAUGUUGGCUAUCUAGCGGAAAACAAGGAUCUAGCGGCAAAGAUGGAACGACAGGGAUUCCAGGGCACGGACACACCCACUCUCUUAUCCUUGAUACACGUCGCAAUCUCUCCACCAAGUGGAGGAGGACAAUUCGUGACUGGGCUCGGCCAGUGGAGAGAAAUCGACUCACUUGGAAAUUUUGACGCACCAUUGUUUUCCCAUUUCCGGCAUCGAUUCCAAAAACAUGGUAAAUCUGCUGUGCUCGAAGACUCAAUGCAAGUAUUCAAGGCUGAGCUUGGUGCCGCACAAACAGUGGAUCAGGCGACCGUCAUCAUCUGUAACGCUCUCAGCAGGAAGGUUGCCUCUCACCUUGCUAUUCCGAUCGAAAACAUCAAUCCUUCCAAUCUAGUCUCCGAAUAUGGAGUCGAUUCCCAUGUGGCGGUUGAGUUGCGCAACUGGAUAUUGAGAUUGAUGGACUGUACCAUCCCUAUCCUGGAGCUUUUAGCAAAGUCGAUAUCGGAGUUGUCGCACAAAAUUGCUAGCCAGAGAUUCGAGGGCAAGCUGGAGUGA